ACUCAACAUCAGCAAACUGCCAUUGAGUGGCACACAACAAAAAGGUUCUUUUUUGGGUGAAUCGGAAUAAGAGGAAAAUUGAGAUAACUUGGAACGUCACAAUCUGUUAUAAGCUAUGGUCUUAUAAGCUCUUUACCCUCUCUAUCCUGUCUCAUCUCACUACACACUCACCGCCAACUGUCAUCUUCACCUCAUCUCAACCCUCACAAUGCCUUCAAUAACCCCCUUCCUACGCACAACGCCACUCUUCACUAUAUCUCUCUUCCUCCGCCUCGCUCUUCUCUUCUACGGCCUCUAUCAAGAUGCCCAUUCAGCCCUAAAAUACACAGACAUUGACUAUCUUGUCUUUACCGACGCUUCCCGCUUCGUCGCUGAAGGCUCAUCACCAUAUGCCCGCGACACAUAUCGUUACACGCCUCUGCUCGCCUGGCUACUCCUACCAACCGUCCGAUUCUCCGCCUUUGGAAAGCUGGUCUUUGCUGCGGCUGAUCUCUUGGCGGGAUGGCUCAUUCUGCGCGUGCUUAGACGGAGGGGUAUGGAUGAAGCUACGGCUGGAGGCUUUUCCGCGCUGUGGUUAUGGAACCCUAUGGUAGCGACCAUCAGCACCCGUGGAAGCUCAGAAGGCCUCUUGGGUGUGUUGACGAUGGGUUUGCUAUGGGCUGUGGAGAGGCGGAAAUUCAGUCUUGCCGCGAUCAUUCUGGGAGUGUCGGUUCACUUCAAGAUUUACCCCUUCAUCUAUGCACCAGCUAUUGUAUGGUGGAUGGACGAUGCUCAUUUAGGAAAAGAGACAAAGGCCGCUACUCGUCCUUCAUCAUACAAGGAAGCAGUCUCAAACUUUUUCACGCCGGAUCGCCUCAAGUUUGGACUUCUCAGCCUUAUAACGUUCAUGAUUCUCAACCUCAUCAUGUUCUCCAUUUAUGAGACCCCGUUCCUUGUUCAUACUUAUUUUCACCAUGUCACAAGGAUCGACCACCGUCACAACUUCUCGCCUUACAAUGUCCUGCUGUAUCUCACCUCUGCCACUCCCGCUGAUGCUGCACCUUCAUUCCGUAUCGAGUCGUUCGCCUUCCUCCCUCAACUUCUUCUAUCUUGUGUUCUCAUUCCUCUCGCUAUCGCCAAGCGCGAUCUUGCAACAGCCAUGAUGGCUCAGACAUUUGCCUUUGUUACGUUUAACAAAGUCUGUACCUCCCAAUACUUCCUCUGGUACAUGAUCUUUUUGCCACUUUAUUUGCCCAACUCAUCUUUCCUCCGUAGCCCUAAGCUAGGCAUCUCAGCUCUGUUGCUCUGGGUAGUCUCCCAAGCUGCCUGGUUGCAACAAGGUUACCAGCUCGAGUUUCUCGGCAUCAGUACUUUCUUCCCAGGCCUUUGGCUGGCCUCGCUCGGCUUUUUCCUAGUCAACUGCUGGAUUCUGGGUGUCAUCAUCAGUGACGGCGCUGCUCAGUCAACACGAUCAACCAUUAAGUUCCACGUCGAAUAAGAGCCACACUAUUGUCCCCCUUUCAGAAAUUUGAAAAACAAAAGAAAGGGUGUAGUAAGCAUGGAUAUUUUUUUGAUGAUGAAGACAGCAUAAAUGUUCAGACAAUCUUAUUCAUCGAUUAUAAUACCAAAUCGCCAGUAUCGUAGAGGGUAUAUGGAAGCUCGCAUCCCC